AUGGCUGCUCCCGCUCACAAGUUCAAGGUCGCCGACAUCUCUCUGGCCGCCUUCGGUCGCCGCGAGAUCGAGCUUGCCGAGAUUGAGAUGCCCGGUCUGAUGGCCAUCCGUCGCAGAUACGCCGCUGACCAGCCUCUCGCCGGUGCCCGCAUUGCUGGUUGUCUCCACAUGACCAUCCAGACUGCUGUCCUCAUUGAGACCCUGGUUGCCCUUGGUGCCGAGGUUACCUGGACCAGCUGCAACAUCUUCUCCACCCAGGACCACGCCGCCGCUGCCAUCGCCGCCGCCGGUGUCCCUGUCUUCGCCUGGAAGGGUGAGACCGAUGACGAGUACAACUGGUGCUUGGAGCAGCAGCUCUCCGCCUUCAAGGAUGGCAAGAAGCUCAACCUCAUCCUCGAUGACGGUGGUGACCUGACCUCUCUCGUCCACGAGAAGUACCCUGAGCAGCUCAAGGACUGCUACGGUCUCUCCGAGGAGACCACCACUGGUGUCCACCACCUUUACAAGAUGAUGAAGGAGAACAAGCUCCUCGUCCCCGCCAUCAACGUCAACGACUCCGUCACCAAGUCCAAGUUCGACAACCUCUACGGUUGCCGUGAGUCCCUCAUUGACGGUAUCAAGCGUGCUACCGACGUCAUGAUCGCUGGUAAGGUCGCCGUUGUUGCCGGUUACGGUGACGUCGGCAAGGGCUGUGCUCAGGCUCUCCACAGCAUGGGUGCCCGCGUCCUUGUUACUGAGAUUGACCCCAUCAACGCCCUCCAGGCCGCUGUUCAGGGCUUUGAGGUCACCACCAUGGAGAAGGCCGCUCCCCUCGGUCAGAUCUUCGUCACCACCACCGGUUGCCGUGACAUCCUUGUUGGCAAGCACUUCGAGGUCAUGCGCAACGAUGCCAUCGUCUGCAACAUUGGUCACUUCGACAUUGAGAUUGACGUUGCCUGGCUCAAGGCUAACGCCAAGUCCGUCCAGAACAUCAAGCCCCAGGUUGACCGUUACCUGAUGGCCAACGGCCGCCACAUCAUCCUCCUUGCUGAGGGUCGUCUUGUCAACCUUGGCUGUGCCACCGGUCACUCUUCCUUCGUCAUGUCCUGCUCCUUCUCCAACCAGGUUCUCGCCCAGAUCGCCCUCUUCAAGGCUGAGGAUGCUGAGUUCGGCAAGAAGUACGUCGAGUUCGGCACCACUGGCAAGAAGCCCGUCGGCGUCUACGUCCUCCCUAAGGUCCUCGACGAGCAGGUUGCUCUGUGCCACCUUGAGCACGUCAACGCUGAGCUCUCCAAGCUCACCCCCGUCCAGGCUGAGUACCUUGGUCUCCCCGCCGAGGGUCCCUACAAGGCUGACCACUACCGCUACUAA